GAAUGUUGUCAUUCAGCUAAUGAAUGGCAUGGUUCACAUGUGCGAAGGGUAAGGCUGCUGGUUUCGAUGUAUUACUUCGCUUUGGUAAAAAAGAAAUCGGUGUUUCGCUGAGAAACUUUUAUCUGAAAGAAUACGGAGACACUAAAACUCUAGGAAGGCUACGAACGGAACAAAAUGCAAAGAGAAGCAACGCAACAGUGAUAGACUCAAACUUCAGAUAUUGGGAAUUUACAAACCAGCCUUGUCGCUCUGAAUUGCACGAUAUGACUACUAAAGAGAGCACGGUGGUAGAGAAUUGCUCGCAGGAAGAAAGCUGUGUUGCAGACAUCCCCGUUAGGACAAAUUGUGGUAAACGUAAAAACGAAGAGACUGGAGAGCCAGCAACACAAGACAGCGCUAAAAAGCGAAAGAAACGCAGUAAACAGCGUUCUGGAGAACGGUACGUGCCACCUCCACAGAAACGCAACCCGGGUGUGAGUUUCAGCCAAGAACAUUUCGAAGAAACCUCGUAUUAUUUUGAAAAUGAACUGCGCAAAGUGUUUCCAUAUUACUAUGAUUUUCAGACGUAUUGCAAAGGACGAUGGGUCGGUAAAUCUCUCCUUGAAGUUUUCAAAAGUGAAUUUCGAUCCGAAUCUAUGGACUACUAUCACAAAGCAGUCAAAGCUGGCCGUAUUAGGUUGAAUCAAACACCCGUGGAUGACCUAAACAUAACACUAAAGAACAAUGACUUUAUGAGGAACACAGUGCAUCGCCAUGAGCCUCCUGUGAGUGGGAAGCCAUUGGAGGUUCUGGUAGAUGAUGGUGAAGUUGUGGUGGUAGAUAAGCCUGCAUCACUACCUGUGCAUCCCUGUGGCCGCUACCGACACAAUACAGUCAUCUUCAUUCUAGGGAAGGAAAAAGGUCUUAGUGGCCUCCACACAGUACACCGGCUGGACCGCCUCACUUCAGGUGUGUUGCUGUUUGCUCGUACGCUGGAGGUCUCCAAAAAGCUGGACGCGAUGGUUCGAGAGAGACAGUUGGAAAAAGAAUAUGUCUGUCGUGUGGAGGGAGAGUUUCCAGAGGGUGAAGUGGUCUGUGAGGAACCCAUACUGGUGGUGUCUUUUAAAGUGGGUCUUUGCAGAGUGGAUCCCAAAGGCAAAGAGUGCCGUACAGUCUUCCAGAGGCUGAACUAUAACGGACACUCUAGUGUCGUGCGUUGCCUGCCACUUACAGGACGUACUCAUCAGAUUCGGGUCCAUCUUCAGUAUCUCGGCUUUCCAAUUCUUAACGAUCCCAUCUAUGGAUCUUCUGCAUGGGGACCGAACAGAGCCAAAGGAGGGCUGGUGGAUAUGAGCAAUGAAGAGAUUCUAGAAGCCCUUAUAGAUGAGCAUCGUUCAAAGGAGAGUCUGCACUUGUUGGAUUUACCUGAUGAAAAGAUGGAAAAAGGAAAGCAAGGACCAAAGACGGAGAGUAGUGAUGGUGCACUUGAUCAAAAGUGCCUGCUUAAAAGUGUAACCGAGUCAAGUGACGGCGCAUGUGAUGGCAGUUCUUGUGAGGUGCCGUUGGUUGAAGAAAAAGACGUUUGCAAAAGCGGACCUACGUGUGAAACCGAAGCGGAGAAGAUUGAUUCUAAAAAAGAGGACUGUGUUGUAGACGAACACCCUAAAACGACAAAAUCGGAUGCUUUUGUUAGAGAUCAUUUAUGUGGUGAGUGCAAGAUCGUGCGGCCUGAUCCAGCAGAGAAAGAUUUGGUAAUGUUUCUACAUGCAUUGCGCUACAAAGGACCAGACUUUGAAUACUCUACCCGACUGCCUGACUGGGCUAAGGAGGACUGGGUUCAGGAUUAAACAUGUUAGAUUUAUGCAACAUUUUUCAUUUAAAACCACAGUGAAUGUAAUGAUGAGAAGCCACAAUUCUUUUGCUGUAUGUGUUCAGUGUGAUUUGAAAGUGGCUUCGUUUUAAUUUGCCAGAUUUUGGUGUUUUAGUUUGAAUAACUCAGUACUGUUGUGCCAGUCUUAGUUUAUUUAACUUCUAUACACUUUAAAAACAUUUUGACCCCAUUUUGACAUUUUGAGCACACAAUAAAAUAUUGAAUUUGUGGUAAUUGAACCUUGAUUGAUUUUUGACAAUUUCAUUUUCUAUUGAAGUACUAUAGUAAGUGCGGGUAGUUGCAAUCAAAAUAUGUCAUGCACGAUGUCCUGUUACGCAUAAAAAGCUUUUUAAUCAUCUCCAGUAUCAAGUUGUUUUAAUUAAAACCACCCCAGAAACUCACAGACAGACUUUAGUCUAACCCCAAUUAAAAAUACAUCUUUAUUGAACGGCUUUAUCAUAGUUAUCUUCAGACACAACGUGAAUUUGUUUUUUAUGCACAGGCUAUCAACAACAGAAGUACCACAGCAGCAAGAUUUUUAACACAGCUGCAUAAUUUCAGAUACAUUUUGGCACAAAUCAUUCUUGCUUUUUACAUUUUCAUUUUGGCACUGUGUUUUAUGAUGCUUUGAAAAAAUCUCUUGACCUUUAUGAAAUAAAUGGGAAUGAAUUUCUAAGAGAUAAUGUAGUUAUUUGCUAUUUUCUCGUGUUUCCUUUGCAGUAAAAUUGCAUUUUUGCAGUAAAAUUGCAUUUUGCUUUCAUAAUAGAUUUAACUGAUUUCUGUUAAAUGUACAAAUUUUCCAUUAAGGAUUUACAUAUUUGUGCACAUCACAAAACACUUGUUACA